UUUCGAAUGAAUUUCAACUGCAUUGUGUUCCCUGCACCAAAGCCCUUUUACUUUUCAGAGACAGAUUUUCGCCAAGAUGGAUCUCUCAUCUUUAUUCCUACUGAGAAAGGAUGUAACUCUACUUUUGAAGAAAGUAAGAAUUCUCAUGGUCCGGCACCUGACUCCAUUUGUGAAGACUCAAAGAUAGGAGGCAGGGAUACUUUUCCCUGAUUCUAUAUUCCUUAUGAGCACGAGAAUGGGUCUAGCAAGAUCAUUAUUUACCUUCAUGGAAAUGCAGAAGACCUUGCUGGAUGAGGGGAGAUGAUGAGGAGACUUUCUGUUUCAUUUAAAUGCCAUGUCAUCGGUCUUGAAUACCCUGGCUAUGGAGUUUGUUUUAAACAAAAAGUUAGUUCAAAAGAAAUACUUCGCAGGUCCUUCAGGCUAUAUGAAUUUUUAAAUAAAGAGUUUGGGUAUCAAGAGAAAGACAUUAUUUUGUUUGGAAGAUCUCUUGGCAGUGGAGCUGCUAUCCAGACAGCAGCUGCUAAUAAUCCUGGUCUUUUAGUCCUAAUGAGCCCUUACACUCAAAUAAAAUAAAGUAGCCAAGGAUAUUUGUUGUUUAAGUACAUGCCUAAUUAAAGAGAGGUAUAAGUCUAUCAACUUUAUCAAGGAGCUGAAUUGCCCUUUCUACAUGAUCCACGGGAAGGACGACAAGGUUAUAAAACCUCAUCAUAGUGAAGAUCUUUUUGCAAGGGCAGUUAGAUGAGGGAAAGAUAAUUUAUGAGGUAUCACUAUAAGAGCAGACAUGAAUCAUAACACUUUCUCGUUUGGGAUUGACAUUUCACAAACUAUCAAGAGAUUUAUAAAGAAAAGGAAAAUCAGCUUAGAAGUUAACUCCAAGGACCCAGGCGAACUCAGGUAUUGAAAGUUGAAGGACUUUAAGGAUUGAAGCAAGACUCCAUUUGAGUAUGAUGCUCAGAGUCUUAAAGAUGAAUAUCUUGCCAAGAAAAGUAAGUGUUGCUGAACUAUUUUUUAA